AUGGCUUUGCUGUGUUACAACAAGGGCUGUGGGCAAAGAUUUGAUGCCGAUAAGAACUCUGAGGAUUCCUGUGUGUACCACCCAGGUGUUCCCAUAUUCCAUGAUGUCCUAAAGGGCUGGUCUUGUUGCAAGAAACGAACCACAGACUUCUCAGAAUUCCUCUCCAUAAAGGGCUGCAUGAAGGGGUGUCACAGCAAUGAGAAGCCCCCCGAGCCUUUCCGGCCAGAGGAUACCUCAGACAAGCUGAAGGCCAAGCCAAGCACAGAACUCAUCGUCCAAAGCCCCAAAUCAGCUGAGAAGAUGCAGCGUGAAAGGCCAAGCUCUGAUGAGCCAAGACAGCCACUGCUGAUUAAAGUGUCCAGGUCUCUGGAGCAGACCCUGGAGAAGCUGAAGCUGGCCUCCAAAAACCAAUGCCCAGAGGGAGGUUCCUUGUACAGGGCAGAGGCCAUUCCGGAGGUCAGAACUGGCACCACCUGUAAGAACUCAGGCUGUAAGGUGAUCUACAAGGGGGCAGAGAAUGAGACGGAGGCUUGUAUUUUCCACCCCGGAGUUCCUGUCUUCCAUGAGGGUAUGAAGUACUGGAGUUGCUGUGGCAUUAAAACUACAGACUUCAGUGCGUUUCUGGAGCAAGAGGGCUGCAGCACUGGGAAACACAGCUGGAUAAAGAAGGAGGAUAAGAAGUUGGUGUCUUGUCGACAAGACUGGCAUCAAACCAGCAGCCAAGUGGUGGUGACGAUUUAUUCCAAGAAUCCUCUGCCAGCACUCAGCUCUGUGACGGCCAGUCGCACUGUGAUUGAUGUCCAUAUCAUGUUCGAAGGUGACAAGGUUUUCCAGGCAAAGCUGGAUCUCUGGGGGGUCAUUGAUGUACAGAAGAGCUUUGUAAACAUGGUGCCCACAAAGGUGGAAAUCACCCUGCGAAAGGCCAGCCCCAUGACCUGGGCCAAACUGGAGCAUCUCCAGAGCAGCUCUCAGCCCAGACCAGACCAGACCGAGAAAGACCCUAUGGAUGCCGAGGACCCCGAAGGAGUGCAAUGGGAGGAGUCAGAUGACAGCUUGAGCUGGUCAGAGGAGGGAGAUGAGGAGGGGGAGGAAGGAGCAGUAAGCAAAUGA